GCGUCUUGACAAUAAUCCGCGUCUCCACUUACCAAAAAGAUGCUUGUCCGGCUGGAAAGAUCCAUCAUCAACGUCUCGUGGCUCCUCAACGUCUCCACUCCAUCACAUGAUGGCAAACACGAGCAGCUAACUGGGACACUUGAUGAUGACGCCUGUGAAGCAGCUAGGUCGCUGAGAUCAAUGGCCAGUGACAACCCUAGAUGCGCAGAGAUCAUGAUCCGUAAUGGUUUGUGUUCUGUAUUUGUUAAGAUCCUCAAACAAGGGUCGAUGAGGGUUCAAGCAGAGGUGGCUUGUGCCACGUCCGUGUUGGUCUCGAGCUUCUCCGAGAGCCAGGACUUGUUCGCACAACAUGACGUGAUUCAGCUCCUUCUAAGCCUUUUGACUUCAAAGCUCGAAGAGGACUCUUGGCACAUGAAGGCAAUGGCAGCAAAAGCUUUGAGGGAGCUAGCCAAAGGAAAUUCAUCUAUCAGCAAAAGCAUCAUCGAUUCAAAAAGAUUCUUGCGUUUCGCAGAUUUGCUUGAGAUACAAGACAGAGAAGUUAGGCUCAUCCUUGAUGGGAACCUGGCACGAUCAUUUAGAGCCGAUACAUCAAUGAUUGAAACAAUUGGUGAAGCUUCUUGGCCUAAGAGAUCGAGAGAUCAUUCAAGAGCAAUAGUAGAAGCUGGAGCUGCAAAGCGGCUCAUCGAGCUAUCUUCUUUAGGAUGUGAGAUUCGGAUUCCAGUGUUAGAGCUUCUGAAGUUCUGA